GAUAUACAACUUAUUGGACCUUAACCAGCAGGGGCAAUCACGUUUGUGUGUGAGUGCUAGAAGGGUCCGAGAGCUUUUUAUUGACAUAAUCAACAAGUGCACACAAAUGGUGGGUUACUGAUUACAAGUGAUGUUAUAGUUUGUUUGUGAUAAGAUUGUUGCUUUAAGCACAAAGUCCUGCCAGGUAUAUAUAGCCUUCAGCUGCUUCAACACAUCCUUCCAAUCCUUCAAAGGACCAUAGCUGCCUUUCAGGUCCUUUGGUGGUUUGUUUUUCUUCUUCCUUGCAUCAUCUGGACAUUCAGCAGCAUCAUGAGUGUAGAGUCCAAAAAAACAUGUAAGGCUCGCUGCGGCAACCUUAAGCUCUUCCUGGUCUCUUUGGCAUUUGUAUACUUUUCCAAAGCCUUUGGUGGCUCCUAUAUGAAGAGCUCCAUCACCCAGAUUGAACGGCGCUUUGACAUCCCCAGUUCCCUCAUAGGGGUUAUAGAUGGCAGCUUUGAAAUGGGUAACCUGUUGGUAAUAGCAUUUGUGAGCUACUUUGGGGCUAAGCUCCAUCGUCCCAGGCUGAUUGGUAUCGGCUGUGUGAUCAUGGCUGCUGGAUCGUACCUCACGGCUCUGCCUCACUUUUUCCAAGGACUGUACAAGUAUGAGACCAGUGUGUCUCACAGUACAAGUAUCAACAACACUGAUAGCAUCCUGCCCUGUCUGUCCAACCACAGCCUGGCUGAGGCAGAUAAGAUGCCUGAUUUAGAGGCCAUGACAGCUUGUGAAAAAGCAGCUGGCUCGUCUUUGUGGAUCUAUGUAUUCUUGGGAAACAUGCUCCGAGGCAUUGGAGAAACUCCCAUCAUGCCUUUGGGUGUAUCCUACCUCGAUGACUUCUCCAGAGAGGAGAACACUCCUUUCUAUUUAGCCUGCAUCCAUACAGUGGGGAUCAUAGGCCCCAUGUUUGGGUUUAUGCUCGGAUCCUACCUGGCCAAGAUCUACGUGGACAUCGGAUCUGUGGAUUUAGACAGUGUCACCAUCAACCACAUGGACUCCCGCUGGGUGGGGGCCUGGUGGCUCGGCUUCAUAGUAACUGGAACUGUGAUCCUGCUGUCCAGUAUCCCUUUCUUUUUUCUGCCCAAGUCUUUGCCCAAGCAGGGGCAAGAGGAGAGCCAGAGUAAAGGCACAGAGCUCGCCAUCACGGCAGAGCAGGAGAAUUUCCUGCAGGAUGAAAUUCAGGAUCAGGAGGAGAAGCCACUUACAUUCCAGGAACUGGCCAAAGAUUUCAUUCCUUCCCUCAGAAGACUCUUCAAGAACAGCAUCUACACAAUGAUGAUACUUACAUACCUGGUUUCUGUUAACGGCUUCAUUGGCUUGAUCACCUUCAAGCCAAAGUUCAUGGAGCAAGUCUACGGCCAAUCAGCUUCCAAGGCAAUUUUCCUCAUAGGUAUUAUGAACCUACCAGCUGUAGCUUUGGGAAUCAUCACCGGAGGUUUUGUUCUGAAGCGUUUCAAGCUGGGCGUCAUCGGAGCAGCCAGGGUGUCAGUUACUGCCUCUGUUGGGUCCUUAUGUCUAUUUUUCAUUCAGAUCUUCAUAUACUGUGACAAGGCAGAGGUGGCAGGUCUUACUGUGUCAUAUCAAGGGGAUUCUCAAGUGUCUUACAACCAACAGACCAUGAUUUCACAAUGCAACAUGGCCUGCUCCUGCUCAGUGAAACAUUGGGACCCAGUAUGCGCUCAAAACGGAAUAACGUAUGCCUCACCCUGCUUGGCUGGCUGCCAGACCUCCACCGGCAUCGGCAAGGAAAUGACAUUUCAUAACUGCACCUGCACAGGGGGGAAGAUGAUGACUCCUGGCAUGAACAUGUCCGCAGUGCUGGGCCAGUGCCCGAGGAGGAGCAACUGUGAUUACAAUUUCAAAAUCUACAUGGCUUUGUCUGUGCUGGGGUCUUUUAUUUCUGCCUGUGGGGGCACACCAGGAUACAUUGUACUGCUCAGGUCCAUACAGCAAGACCUGAAGUCACUGGCGUUGGGUAUGCAGACACUGAUAGUGAGAACUUUGGGUUCGAUACCUCCUCCAAUAUAUUUUGGCGCACUGAUUGACCGCACCUGUUUAAAAUGGGGCACCAAGCAUUGUGGAGGCCGUGGAGCAUGCAGACUCUAUGAUGCCGAUGCAUUCAGAAUGAGAUUCAUGGGAUUGAUCACGGGACUAUACUGCCUAUCCAACAUACUCUGGGGAGGCCUCUAUGUCACAAUUGUCAAGAGACAGAAGAAGUUAGCACUGAGAAAUCAGGCCAAAGAAAACGUAGUGGAGGGUGAAAUGGCGGUCAACGGACAUGCAAACAUAAUUGUUGCCAAAAAGAAUGAAGAUGCAGGCAAUGAAAGCACAAUUUGAAAUGUUUGAGAAAGGCAACAGUAUUUUAAAAUGCAGGCAGACGACACACUGCUGAAGUACUGCACUGCACUUCACUUCAAGUGUAAAGGAAUCUAUCCUCAGUUUUAACAUGAACAACUAUCACAUUGAUCCGCAUCUGCACUGAUAUGCAUACUUAGAGGUCAUUUUUAGCUCUACUUUAUAAUACAUUGCGUUAAUUUAUGAAACAAGUCAGUAUGAUGUAAGGGGAAGUGAGCACAAAAUACACCCAAUAUUUGGAGAACGUGUCCAUCAUUUUUACUUGAAUAGCAUUGUCAGGUAAUAAUAGUUUCAACACUUAAAUGUAUACAGUCAAUGUACAACAUAAUGUGUACAGUAAAGUUUUACAUACUACUUACUAAAAGACAACUAGCGUUUGUUGCCUAACAGGUGAUAGCAUUACUUUUCAAAACAACAUAUUGUUCAUGUGAUCUUGCUCAGUGAUUGGAAAUGUUUUCUUCCAUGUUGGUGAAGGAGAGUUUGUGAAGUCUGUGAUGUUUAACGGUAUUGUACUCUAUGUGAAAAUAGAUUAAAUUUACCAAGUAAAUUAGUUAAAAGAAUAGGGUGAAUUAGAUCACGAUUUCUGAAGGAAGACGUAAAAUUAGUUUUUUUACACUGUAGCUUACAUAAUAGGAUUGAUUUUUAUGUUGUUUAAAACAAGCUAUGAUUCCAUAUUACCAGACAGUAGUACACCCAAAUACCAUUUUGCCAAAUGCCAUUUUUCUUAGGUGCUAGUCAAUUUCUUGGUAAGUAGCAGCUCUGAACAAACAUGCUUGCUUCAAGGCCAAUUAUGAGUAACAUAAAGUUAUAGUUCAGCAUAUUGGGACGUGCACUUUCAACAAAUGGGAUAUGAUGUGUUAAUAAGCUUUGGCGGUGAUAAGCUGAUUUUGGUCUUUGGACAGAACAAGAUUAGCAGCCAACCCAAAAAUAUUUGGUAGACGAGCUUACUGCUGAUAUUGGUUUCAAAUUCAAUGAGCUGACAUGAGAAUGAUAUAAUUUCUUUUAUCUGGCUCUAUGUUUUUUCAAAAUUUUGGAACAAAUUGUUGCCUUAAGUUUUUUAUUACAGUUUUCAUGACAAAAUCUGAGCAGAGAACGUAUCAAGGGCACCGCAAGAUUUGAUGGCCAGAUAACUCACCUCUGUGACUUUACACACACAUCAUUAUGCAAGUCCUGCAGGUCAUGAGCGUUCAUACAAUCAUCUGACUAAUGUUUUUCAUUGUCUGAGAAAGUUCACUAUAGUUUAGAUUGUGCAUUGUUUUACACUGUUACACAAUGUAGUUUUCAAUGAAAAUAUGUAAUCCGCAUUACGCAGAUACGUUUUUACAUUCCAUGUACUUUUCCUUAUCAUCAUUUCUAUCUUUCUUUCAUUUCUCCUUUUUUACGUUUUGUUCAUUGUCCUUGAAAUGGUAAACAAUAAAGAUACAUUCAUCAAUA